GGCUUCUGCUUAUUUUUUAAAAGCACAAUCAAAAUUAGAAUCAGAAUCGGAUGAAUUGGACGCACGCCGCAGACCACUGGCCACUGCUCGUCUGCUCUCAUCGCCGGACGCCGCAGAUCGCCCGCUCUGCCGCUCGCAUCGCCGGAGGCCGCACGCCCCCCUUCUGCUGCUCGCCUGCUCCUGUUCAUAUGCUAGUCUGCGCAGCAACGCUGCUUCUCUCGAGUGUCCACACAGCCACACAGAUAUGGGAGAUGAUUCAUUUUGGUAGAUUCGACUGCAUGGGGGGUUGCCUUGUUCGGUAGGUGGACAACCAAGAAUAGCUGAUAGCUGAUUCAUUGAAGCUAACUGUCAACAAAUUUGAGACCCUUGGCCACACCCCAUGCUGAUUCUCUUAUUUUGGUGGAAAGGCAUAUCAGAGAUGGUUAGGUUAAAGUCAAUGUUGAUAUUGCUUACGAUCUUUUUGAGCUACAUAUCAAUAAUAGCUGGGGAAGAGGAGUUCUCAGAAGCGCUUCUUUUGAGGCCUCUCCCUGAUCGCAAAGUGCUUUCCCAUUUCCACUUUGAAAGCAAAGCUCCACCAACUGACACUCAUGGCCGGCAUCAUCAUCUCUUCCCCAAAUCAAUUUAUCAACUCGUACAUAAAUAUCACAUAAGAGAAAUGGAGCUGUCUUUCACACAAGGGCGGUGGAAUUAUGAACAGUGGGGUGGAUAUGAUCCAAUUGUGAGCAGCAAUGCAAAGCCCCCUGGUGUUGAACUCUGGGCUGUUUUUGAUGUCCCUGAAGAUCAAGUUGAAUCUUUCUGGAAAAAUCUAACACAUGCUCUUUCAGGCCUCUUUUGUGCUUCCAUUAACUUCUUGGAGUCAUCAACUGCUCAUACUUCUCCGAGGUGGAGUUUCCCAUUAGUUUCUGGAAACUUCAGAUAUGGUUCACUACCCCGCGAGUCUGUUUGUACUGAGAACCUCACUCCCUGGUUAAAGUUGCUUCCUUGUCGAGAUAAAUCUGGAAUUGCUGCAUUAAUGGACAGACCAUCUCUAUAUAGAGGAUUUUAUCACUCUCAAAGAUUGCACUUAGUUUCAGAUGAGUUUGAUUUAGGCGAACGGUCUUUAGCAUCAAGUUCUGGAAUAGUGCUUGAACAAACUCUCACAACAGUUCUUCAACCAAAUACUUUUGAAGCUGGAAUGAAUGCUUUUGAUGGCCUGAUAUUACAACCUAGCUGGUCUCUUAGCUCUUUGUUUGGAAGGAAAGUUUACGAAAAAUGCUCUCUUUCCCAGUCUAGUAGUGUGUAUGUCCAUCUUGAGCAGAAUUUAGUAUCUAAGUUGAAGAAAGGUGAUAUAUCAGAAGGUUCAUGGAAAAACCCAGCAUUUGAAAUGUCUUUGCCUCCUGUUAGGGUGAUAAAAGAACAAUAUGGAUCAGUGGAAGAGGAGAAAUCCAUCCUCUUUGAAUUUUCAAUUGAAAAUUACACACAAUCCAAACCUUUUGAUCUGGGCUUCAGGUGGAAGCUACCAGUGAGGUGGUCAAGUCAGUUAGCACCCUUGCAUGCAAGUAGGUUCCUGAUGGGAAGCGGGAAUGUAGGGGGUGCAAUAGCUAUCUCUUUGAAGACCACAAAAAUAAGUGACAAUGAACAGUGUGCUACUGCGGUAGAUGGAAAAUGCUUUUUGCGGGUCAGUAUUUUUCAAGUUGUGCCUUGGUAUGUGAAGGUCUAUUAUCAUACACUUAAGAUUUUUGUGGAUGGACAUAUCAAAUAUGUAGAAGAUAUCAUUGAGAAGGUGCGAGUGUCACCUUCUGAAGACAAGGUUUCUCCCGGAAUAAUGGAGCUUAUGGUGAGAUUAGCAUGUGAUGUGAAGUCAGCUGUAUUGACCCUGGAGUUUGACAAGGUAUUUGAGAUUUGUUUACAAAAUAGAGAAAUAAUAUCAACGGACUGCUUUCAUUCAAAGGAAAGAAUUGAUAAAAAGAGACACAUGGAGUCACUUUUUAUGAAAUGGGCAUCAUGAACCUCAGAAUUCAUUACAUGUCAAGGAUCUAUGUACAAUUAUUUUUCCAUUGGUUCAAAACCAUUCACAGGGGUUUCUACACAUAGAUGAAUACCCACCUGAUGCUGAUCAGGGAUUUGACAUCCCAUCAGCUGUGGUUAGCUUCCCCGAGUUCACAACAAGCCUGCAUUUUGCUGAGGAUAACUCUACCGUCACAGUGCCUAUUUUAUCAAAACUACAGAACGAAAGGCCAGUUGUUUCCUACACAGAAGUCUUACUUGUUCCUUUGACGACACCUGAUUUUAGCAUGCCAUACAAUGUCAUCACCAUUACGUGCACCGUUUUGGCGCUAUACUUUGGAUCACUGCUUAAUGCACUACGAAGACGUCCUGAUGAAGAAGAGCGUUUGUUGAAAAGAAAAGCCUCAAAAGGGACAGGUCGUUCAACUAUGUUAUUAUCCAAAUUGUAUUCUAAGUUGAGAGGUCGACCAUGGGAACCUCACACACCAUUGUCAACAUCCCCACCAUCUUCUUCAUCUUUUUUGAGUUCUAAGCUGAUCAUGAAGGUUAUAGUAGUAGCUUGCAUUGCUGCUGGCUGGCAGUACUUCUCCGAAUGACACCCAUAGAAGCUAGAAAUCUGUAGAAUGACAUCAUCAUAUCUCUACAAUGAGAGUAGAAUAUGAUUAUUUUGAUCGCGACUUCAAAUUACUAUCACUCAGUUAUAGAUAUUGACUUAUUCGUGCUGUGUUGAAUUUAUAUAUAUUUCUGGUAACCCCAGUUUUCAUCUUUGUUUAACUGGUAAUCUAUAUAUGUUCUACUGUUAGUCACAAAAGUGCUUGCUACACUUGAUAGCCUCAGUUAAGGAGGGAACUGCAAAUCUUUCAUUUGUUAAGCAUGCUGGUUGAGCUCCAGACUGAACUCUGUUCAGUGGAGACUAGUUAAAGCCCA